AUGCUUAAUACAGAGAUUUAUCUACGGGGCAGGCAGAGCAGCAGCCCCCCGCCCGAUGCCCCUGCCGACGGGGGGCCGACGGGAGCCCCGGGGGAGACGCCUGGCUUGGCCGAGGUCUCGGCCUGGGUGCGGGACGUGCUGGGCCGGUUCCCGCUGGGGCUGAAGGUGGGGAAGCUGAAGGAGGCGCUGCGGGGCGAGCGCGGGCUGGACCUGGACGAGCUGAGCCGUCAGCGGGGCUGCGGGGACGCCCUGCGCCUGCUCCGGGCUCUGCCCCACGUCUGGCUGCGGGACCCGGAGAAGGGCGACGCCUGCCUGGCCCGGCUGGACGCGGAUGCUGCUGUCAAUGCCCCUGCCCCCUCCCACUCCCAGCCUGCUGAGGCGGGGGGGCCGCGCGCCGUGGGCCCAGCGAGGCGGACGCAGGCCCAGCGUCGGGGGGCAAAGCCCGGCGCCAUGGAGACGUUGAUCCGGGGCGUCCUGGCCCCCUACCCCUCUGGCAUCCGGGUGAAGAACCUGCAGAAGCUGCUGGCGGGGAAGCAUGGAGCCGACCUGGAGGCUUUCAGCCAGGCCAGUGGCUACGGGGGCGUGGUCCCCUUCCUGUGGGACGUCCCGGGACUCACGCUCCGGGGCGCAGAGAAGGGCAACAACUGCAUCGUCCAGCUCCAGAGAGGGUCCCCGCAUCCCCACGCAGCUUCCUGUCCUGGGGAAGCAGCUGCCGGCAUCCCCCCGAAGCCAGGGGCGGCCGACAGCUGGGACGCCGGGGACCAGGACCCAGAGCCUGCCGCUGCGCUGGAGAGAGGUGCGACUGAGGUCCUGACGCUGCUCAGGUGCCUGCUCCGCCAGUACAAGUCUGGCCUGCGGCUGCAGAAGGUGGAGGAGUUGAUGCUGGAGAGACAUGGGCUGGAUCUGAAGCGGUUUGUGAGCUCCCGGGGCAAGGAGGACGUGCUCGGAUACCUGCAGAGGCACCUGCCCGCGCUGAAGUACAGGCAGACGGAGAAGGGAGACAAGUGUAUCGUCUGGCUGGGGACAGGGCAGAAGAAAGGCUUUGGAUCUUUGCCCCCUGGCAGUGCCCGCCCCUUGCCCGGCUCCAAGAGGUGCCUCCUCCCAACGAAUGCUGCAGAGCGCCCGCCCCCGCCCGCCACCGACUGCCUCAACCGCCGGCUGCCCAGUGCCACCACCAACCAGCCUCUGCUUCCCAGCCUGCCCUCGGGCCGGGAGCCCUUCCGUGCCCCCGCCGUCCUGGGCAAGCUGGGAAAGUCCCCAGGGGCCAACCCCCGCCUCCCAGCCUGGUUACUGAGCCCACCCCGGCCCACCGGCGCCUGCUCAGGCCUGCGAACAGAGGAGGGGACCCAGGAGUCCGGGGCCAGGCCUGCCAGCGCCCCCUUGGUUCUGCGAGCAGAGGAAAGGACCCAGGAGUCCGGGGCCAGGCCUGCCAGCGCCCCCUUGGUUCUGCGAGCAGAGGAAAGGACCCAGAAGUCCGGGCCAGGCCUGCCAGCGCCCCUUGGUUCUGCGAACAGAGGAGGGGACCCAGGAGUCCGGGGCCCAGCCCCCUGA